AUGGAUCGUCAAACCCGUAAAGCCAAUUUAAAGAAAUUGCAAUUACCCAGUACAUCGGGCACCAAGCAACCACGUAAAACACGCCAAACGGCCAAGACCUCGGGAAAUACUGCCAUUACCAAUUAUUUUUUAACACCCGAAAAAUGUUCGAAAGAUAAUGAAAAAGAAGAAACCACUGUCCCGCCUAAGGAUUCUGCAAUAGUAUUAGAUUUUAAUAAAGCCAAUGAAGAUCUACCACAAUCCUCUAAUACUUCAACAAAACCAGCAACACGCAAACGUGGCAAACGUACUAAAUUAGAUAAUUUUAUAUUCAAAGAUCCCAAUGACAUCCCUGAUCUGAUUAAAAAUCCUAAAACUCCUCUAAAUGAUGAAGAUUUAGUGGUACCAGAAAAGAAAGCCAAAAAGGCUCCAAAACUAACAUUAAGUAGCAGCCAAGCAAAAGCUAAAACAAGAAAGAAACAAACUACCAUUAAAUCCGCUUUCUUAAGAAAUGAACAAUUAUUUGCUGAGAUAGCUGCUCAACAUUGUGCUGCCGAUCAGUUUGAUGGUGACGAUGUACAAUUGGCUUUAGCUAUUUCCCAGUCUGAAGCAGAGAGUAAAGGUAUUACGAUGGCUAACGAAUUGGAGGAGGAAGUUAAUUUGGUGGAGGGAAAUAACAGUGCAGAAUCUAUAAGGGAAAAAUUAAAAAAGUAUGGUUUUAGAACGGCGGAAAAGAAUGAUUACAACACCUUUGCGGCCGCCUUUCUACCCAAAAACAAUGGCCGUCGCCAGAAAAACAAAUGGGCCAAUAAAUUUACUGCCCUCACUUUAAGAACUCCCGAGAAUCAAUUAAAAAAAUUACAAGAAAAUAUCGAAAAACUGUUAAAUAGUCAAUUUCGCACUAAACCCCUGACCGAUCAAGAAUCUUUACAACCACUUUACAAACUGCAAAGUUCUUUACUGAAAAAAUUAAAUAUGCAUGAAAAUAUUAAGAUUUUACAAUGUACGGAAAAUGUUAAUCAAUCAAUUGAUAAUUAUUUUGUUAAGGAAUUAUUUGAAAUCAAUAAUUUAGCAGCGGGACAUUUACUAAAGGAUUGGACUGCCAUACAGGGUAGAGAUCUAACACCGAAUCCAAAAACUAAAACAAAUAAAGAGUCGUUACAAAAAUUGCAAAAUAUUUAUAAAGAUUUGGAAGAAUGUUUUAGUUCAAGAAAAAGAUUGGAUUGGUCUAAGGAUAAUGAAAACAAAGAAGAUCAGGAGCUGUUGAAAAUACAAGAUAAGGAGGAAACUAAAAAUGAAGAAGUAAAAGAACAAACUGAAUGUACUGAAAUUAUGGAAAAUAUUGAUAUAAAGGCAGAUGACAUUGCUAACACUACAGAUAAGGCUAAAAUUCUAAAACUUUUGCCCCCAACUACAUGUUUAGAUGUAAUGCAUGUAUCUAGUUGUAGCAUAAAUACCCAGGCUACUAUAAAUACUACAAAAAAGGAAGAAACUUUAGCUGAAACAGAACCUGGCAAUAAAACUGUAGAAUUACCUGAGAAAUCAAAUAACGAUGAACUUGAUGAAAUGGUAAAUUUAAUAGAAGAUAUGCAAAGAAAUGAAUCAGUAACUUAUCCUAAAGCUACUGAAACAUGUGUUAAUUAUGUUUCAAAGACUUCAACAACUACAACAUCCUUAGUUGCAAGGCCAAGUGCGCAUCAACAAAAAGAAGAUUCUGCAGCACAAACAGAACUUGGAGACAAUGCUCUUGAAAUAUCUAAUGAUUCAUGUAAUGUCGAACUUGAUGAAAGGGUAAACUUAAAAAAUGAAGAGGAUAUCGAAAAUACAGGAAAACAUCAUACUUCGAAAGCGGCAGAAGAAAGAUCCUUGCAUGCAACACAAAUCUCUAGUACAAGUAACCAGACCCCAAUAAAUGCAACACAAAAUACUAGAUCUAACUCGCCCGAUUUAUUUGCCGACUCCGAUGUUGAAAUGGAAGAGUGUUAUAACAAGGAUGAGAGUGAUAAAACAGAAGUUCAAACUGUGAUAAAUGUGACUAAAGAUAAAAGUCGUAAUAGUUCCCUAGAGGAGGUAGAUGCAGGCGUUACUACUUAUGAAAUCUUUUCAAGUGAUGAAGUAAAGAAUACUUCAUUAUUGGAGCAGAAUAAAUCAACUGUAAAAGCUCCCUCCAUUUCCAACAUUCCCUUAUCCUGUGAUGAUGAAGUAAUCGAUUUAACCCAAUACGAUUUAUCUUCCUCCCCCGAAAAUCAAUCCAAUCAUAAUUUAAAUCAAAGUAAACCUAUAGUAGAAAUCGAUUUAUUUGCUGAUUCACCCUCCCAAGAUGAAGAUAUAGAUUUCACUGAAUCACCUUUACAAUACGAUAAACAAGAUCAUGGUUUGUCGGAUAUUAAUAAAAAUUCUCAAAUAUCAAAAUAUCUGCAAGAAAACAAGGAAGAAACUUUUAAAUUUACUCUCAGCAUGGAGACGAAUGAAAAUGAGAACAAUUUCAAAGAAAAGAAACAUAAAGAAUCUUUAAAGUUUCCUUUAGAAACGAAAAAGAAAGAAAAAUCGUUAUUGGAAAAGAAAUCCAAAGAAGAAACUUUCGAAUUGUCACUAACAACAGAAGACAACUUUAAAGAGAAUACAACUAAAGAAGAAUCUUUUAAAUUUUCUUUGGAAACUAGUGAGAGUGAAGAUAUUUUAAUAGAACAGAAUCAGCAGGAAGAAUCUUUAAAAUUUACCCUGGAUAUAAGUGAUAAUGAAGAAGAUAAUUUCAUGGAAAAGAAAUCAAAAGAAGAAUCUUUUAAAUUGUCCUUAGAAAUAAGUGACAAUGAAGUAACUUGUUUAAAAAAGAAUCAGAAAGAAGAAUGCUUCAAGUUAACGCUCAGUUUGGAUACACAAGAACCUUUAAGGGAAUUUGCAACAAAUAAAAACCUAUAUGAGGAUGAUGAUGAUAUUGUUUUGCAGGAAAUAGCUAUGGAUCAAACAAAUACUUCCUUUCUUAACUUUCAAGGUUCUAAACAAUUGGAAACAUGUUUUCACAAAGAAACGGCCACCACUAAGGAAGAUGAACGUAUUACAAGUAAAACCAAAGAUAUCACCAUAAAGGAAAAAGAACUUAUUAAAGAUAGUUUAACAGCUAAUGAUACUAUGUUUCGGGAAUUGUGUAAUAAAUAUCUAAAUGAACCCCAUAACACUUCUAAAAAGUUACAAAAGACUGAUUUUAAUAAAACCAAAAGUUUUACACAAAUUUUACCUACCAUUCAAACACCUGAAAAGUAUGAUAAAUAUACCAACUUUACCAUGGAUUUUGAUGUGACUACUGACAACAAUCUAACAUCGAAAAGAAAAUCCUCCUCAUUUACUGCUAAAACUCCACCCAAAUAUCUAAGCAAAUCUCAAUCAUUUAACAGAAGUAAAAUAGAAAAUCUCAUAGAUUUAACCCAAAAUGAAGCAGAAGAUGAUAAUGAAGAUUUACAACCAGAAGCAGAAGAUAAUGAAGAAGAUGAUUGUUUAGUAUUAUCCGAUGAUGAAAUUAACUAUUCCAUUUGGCAGGCCAAUAAAACUGGAAAAUUUCACACCUCCGAAGCAUCAGAACAGGAAGAUAAUGAUGAUGAUGACGUCAUUAGUAUACCCGAUAAUGAUAAUACAAGUGAUGAAGAUUUGCUAGAUUCUAAUAAAGAGAAAAUUAUUGAAUUUCCCGAUAAAGUUAAUGAUAUAAAAAAUUCUUCAUAUUUGGAUUUAAAGGAUAAAGAUAAAUCUUUAAUAAAAGUUGCCCUAACAGCUGAAGAGUCAUAUAGUGAUUUUGGUGUUUUGACCUCUAAAUACACUGCCCCCAAAACACCUCCUUUACAAGAUGAUAUGAAAUUUGAACGCAGUGAUUUUGGCAUAUUAGAAGAAUAUUCGGAACCUAUAGAUUAUACACCCAAUCUUUGUACGCCCACAAAAGUUUUAACAGAAGCCUCGUUUCUUAGUUCUCCCACUGAAACCACAGCUCCCAUGAAACGUUAUAGUAAUUGUCAUAAAUCUACACAAAAAUUUCAAGAUUUAAUAAACAAUCUGGAAGCGAAAUCGCCUACCAAUGAUUUGAAUAUUUCUAAAGGAAAAUCUCCUUUGAAUGAUCUUAAUGAUUUUGAUGAAUUCGAUCGUUUGGUCUAUACAAGCCCUCUCAAGUCUUUAACAUCAGCCAAAAAACCUCCUCAGGGUAUACAACAACUUUUGACCGCUGAAAUAAGUUUGAAAGAAAGUCAAAAAUCUCCUGUUCCAGAAGUUAACACAACUAAGCAAAUAAUUACCUAUAAUAAUAAAACUUAUACAGUGCGUUAUACUUCCUCACCUAAGCCGGACUAUAUGAAAUACACGGAAGCAGAAUUACUUAAGGAAUUGUAUAAUUUUGGCAUAAAACCUUUAAAACGUAAACAGGCCGUAAAAAUGUUGGAAUAUAUUUACAAUCAAACUCAUCCUAUUUUAAUGGAUGAUGAAGAUGCGGAUGAGAUACAACCACAAGAAGAUGUUAUUACUCUAGAAGACUUGGAUCGGCCUUGUACUUCAAAAGAGGCUUUGAAAACUAAAACAGCUGUAACAAAAGCACGCGAUCGUUCCGUUAUUUUAUCUAAUGAAAGUCCCAGGGAAGUAGUUGAAAAUGUGCUGGAUGUGGGGAAUAAAAAGCUUAAUCUUCAAGAUGCUUGCGGUCGAGAAAUGUUACGCUAUUCUUUAGAUCUGAAAGCUGAACUUUUGAAUGAACAGUAUAUAAUGCAGACGAAUGUUACGAAAAAGACUCCUCAGCCUUUAUUACCCUUUCACAUAGCGUGGUACAACUUGGUGUGUUCGAAUCCCAAAUUGCAUGAAACUAUAUUGAUGUAUGAACCCAUUGAUCUACAGGAAAUCUAUUUGUUUUUAAAAUCAUUAGGUUAUCGCUAUGAUCCCAAGGAUCUUAAAAUAUUUUUCGAUCGUCGUUGUAUAAUAUUUCGUUAUGAUCUUACGAGUUCGUCUGCUGGCAAUGGCAAAGCAAAAGAUACGAAUCGGCAUGUACGUAAAAGUAAAAAAGCUAAAAUAACUAAAAAGUAAUUAUUAUUAUUAAUAAGUUAAUAAGUGUAAAUAUAAAGGAAUUAUUUUUAGUUUCAAUUUAUUCUUUAUAAAAUUAACUGGAUUAUAAGCUAAACAAAUUUUUUAUACAAAUUACAAGUUAUGUUUUUUGUGUUGGAUUGUGUUUUAUUUGAUAUUCUUAAAAAUAAAUGCUUUAAAAAUUAACUAAAUG